UGUCGCUGUCUUUUUUAUUGAAUUAUUGAAUUACUAUAAUAUGUUGUAGGAGCAAAUCUUACUUUGUGCAUGGUUGAUGUUCUGAAACGUAAUAGCAUUGGGUAAAACUGGUGAUGCCGAACAGAAAAGACGCACUUUGGGCAAAACAGCAAUGUCAUUAUUGUCGAGGACAGCACAUAGGGGCGGAGAACAGAGUGACAGAGUUUAAACUAGGACGAGGGAAGACACGGCAUGUGUCACGCAUGGUUGGGAUAUAUACAUGUGCCUUCCUGAAUACUGAAGGAGGAGACCUGUACAUUGGAGUGGAUGACAAUGGUAUUGUACAGGGGAUUACAUGCAACCAGAGGAGAGAAGAUCAGUUAAGGCAGAGUAUAGAUGGUAUCAUUAAGGGCAUGAAACCUGAAGUGUUUCCUGACAUGUAUCAGGUGGACUUUGUACCUGUUUAUAACCAAUCAGGGGCACAUGUGCUGCGUGAUAUCAAAGUGAUACUGGUGCAGGUUGUGCUGUCACAGUGUAGUCGUCUAUUUGAGUACAAGGGGCAGGUGUACAUGAGAAGAGAGGGCAGCAUUCAGAGACUGGCACCACAUCAGAUACAGGCAUGGGUGGAAAGGAAAGUGAAAGAAGACUACAGAAACAACAGCUUAGGAACAGAGGAGGGCAGGAGGAUUAAUGGAGAUUCCUCAGUCAAAUUACAACAGGAUCAAGAUGAGAGUCUUCAUGAACAAGUUAUGAAACUGAAACAAAAGGAAGAAGAACAAGAAUCAUUGCACAGUGAUUCCAGUGAUGACCUUGAGGAGGAUAGGGAUUUAGGUCAUGAUUUCUCAAACUACAACACAGACCUAAGAUUGCUACCGAAAAUGAUGAAUUCAAUAGAUGAAAAACUUGUAGAAAUAGAAAGACGAUUGGAAGCUUUUCAGAAUAAUCAAAAAGGUUCAAAG